AUGCACUACGUAACGGCAAUUUCCAACGAGAUGGCCGGUGAAGGAGGAGCAUUGUCGUUUUCGGUGGCGACGGUAGUUGAGGAUGUACUGCAACAACAUGAUGAUAGAUUCCAAGGCCUUGAUUUGGAGUCCAGGAAAGCUAAAGAAGCCGCGUCAAGAAGGUACGAAGCUGCGGGGUUGUUGGGAAAGAUGGUAGGAGUGGUAGCAGCUAAAGAUUUGCCCAACAAAUUUUUAUGUGAGUGA